GCCAUUGGUACAUUCCCGCUGACUCCGAGAGCUUAAAAAGGGCCGGGGAGGCUAAACCCAGCGGAUUCGGUCCUGAUUUGUGUACGGCGCACGUCCUACUAGAUCGCAGGUCCACGCCGCCCCGGUGUGGGUGUCUUGGUCUCUUGGCCAGGGAUUCUUUUAUCUGUGGCUCUCAAGUGUUUGCGGUGUGUGUGUGUGUGUGGAGCUGUCUGGCUGGCAGCUCGGGUCCCUCGUCCCCGGUUCCUAGGCUCUCUCAGCUCCUUCGCUGAAGCCCCGCAGUGAGAAAGGCGUGCCGCCAGCUCUGCAAAGGAUGGAGCAGACCGAGGUGCUGAAGCCACGGACGCUAACCGAUCUGAUCCGCAUCCUGCACCAGCUCUUCGCCAGCGAGGAGGUCAACGUGGAGGAGGUGCAGGCCGUCAUGGAAGCCUACGAGAGCGACCCCGCCGAGUGGUCCGUGUACGCCAAGUACGACCAGUACAGCUCCCAAACCGCCACUCCUUCUGCCCCCGGCCUCGGAUGCAGGGCCCUGGGGAACCGACUGGCUGCACUGAGGGAGGCUGAUGCUCCCAGGGGAGAACUACAUCCGUCCGGAGAAAGGGGUAGCGGUGGAGGCACGGUUCCCCGCCGCUGGUUCUCCAUCACUUCGCCCUCUGUCGCCUGCAAGCAAGCACCUGCCAACAGGUACACCCGAAAUCUUGUGGAUCAAGGAAAUGGAAAAUUUAAUCUGAUGAUUCUAUGUUGGGGUGAAGGACAUGGCAGCAGUAUCCAUGACCACACCAACUCCCACUGCUUUCUGAAGAUGCUGCAGGGAAAUCUAAAGGAGACAUUGUUUGCCUGGCCUGACAAAAAGUCCAACGAGAUGAUCAAGAAGUCUGAAAGAAUCUUGAGGGAAAACCAGUGUGCCUACAUCAACGAUUCCAUUGGCUUACAUCGAGUAGAAAAUAUUAGCCAUACGGAACCUGCUGUGAGCCUUCAUUUGUACAGCCCACCUUUUGAUACAUGCCAAACCUUUGAUCAAAGAACAGGAUAUAAAAACAAAGUUACCAUGACAUUCCAUAGCAAAUUUGGAAUUAGGACUCCAUUUGCAACUUCAGGAUCACUGGAGAACAACUAAGGAGCGAGCACCCGCCAUUUGCUGUUCAGUCAUACACUUUACAAAGCCAAUACUUAGAUCUCCUGUAAGGCAGAUGCUAAUUAUAAGGCAUUAAGGAAGCAAAUAGUUCCCUAAGCAACUACAGAAGAAAAAUCUCACUAAAGGAAAAAAAAAAAAAAAAAGGGGCUUGUGAUUUUAAAGGCCAAAUCAAGUACUCUCCUGGUGUUAUUCUCUAAAUCAGGAGUGGGAACCUUUUUUCUGCCAAGGGCCAUUUGGAUAUUUAUAAUAUCAUCCUCUGGCCAUAAAAAUAUCAACUUAAAAGUUAGAUUGCUAUAUUUUGGUCAGACAUUUAAUUAAUUCACCUCUAAUGCCUUAGCAUUAGACCAAACGAUUUUGCGGGCCUUAUACAACCCGCUGACCAGUAUUUCCCACCCCUGUUCUAAAUCUAUUGGAACCAUACUGGGAAUGUCAGUGAAGGGUUUUAUAGCUUUUGGGAACACUUGGGUCUCUGAACUAUAAUUAACAACAUAUAAAAACUACAGACAUCAAAUGCCUGCCUUGUGACUUGGAUAACUAAAUGUAGAUGUCUUUAGUAUACUUUGUAUGUUCUUAAUAUUUGAAGAGAAUUUUUGGGAUCUGUGGAUUUUAUUUUUUCAAUCAUAUUUUACAAAUUCCUGUUCUAUAAACAAUAGGGUUUUGUAGAUAGAGAAACUUAAAGUACUUUGACAUUUGGUAAUGAAAUGAGGGGCAAACGAUUUAGAAAAGUAGAUGUAUCCAAACCUGCAACAAACCAAAAACAUAAACUCAUGUCUGGUGUGUCCAGUGGUCAUAGUCAAAGACUUUGUACUAGUCUCAAAUUCUAAUAAAACUGGAUUUGAACACA